AUGGCUCCCGCGCCCUCGCAGCGACAGCUCGCCGCUAUCUCAGUCACAGAGCGCGUUUGCUCUGCUGUUUCGCUGAUUGGCACAUCUAUUAUCAUAGCUAGUUUCAUCGGCUCGCGCUCAUUUCGGAAGCCGAUCAACCGCCUCGUGUUUUAUGCAUCUUGGGGAAAUAUGAUGGCUAAUAUAGCAACGUUGAUUUCGCAAUCGGGGAUCCACGCUGGCUCUGGGAGCUCCUUGUGCCAGGUCCAGGCUUUUUUGAUUCAGUGGUUCAUGCCCGCUGACGCUUUGUGGGCCUUUGCCAUGGCGUGCAAUGUCUACUUAACAUUCUUCCACAAGUAUAACUCAGAGCAACUGCGCCAGAUCGAGUGGAAGUAUGUCGUGUGUUGUUACGGCUUGCCCUUUAUCCCAUCCUUCAUAUACUUCUUCAUCCAGACCCAGGCCCGGGGCCGGGUCUACGGCUCCGCAAUUCUCUGGUGCUGGGUCGCAUUGCCCUGGGACUACCUCCGCAUCGCCGUAUUCUAUGGCCCUGUGUGGUUUGUCAUCUCCCUCACCUUCGCCAUCUACCUGCGCGCCGGGUCCGUCAUCUACCAGAAACACCGCGAGCUGCGCAACCUCUGCGGUAUCGAGUCCUUCGGCUCUGACAACCAGCCUGAUGCCCCGCUUAUCAUACCCGCCGGCAUCCAGGUCACCAGCGAAAUCGCCUGCUUUGCGCCAGUGCACCGGCCCCUGUCGGCUAGUGACGUCCCCACCCGCAACUUCACGGCCUCCUCGUUUAGCCCGUACUCCGUCAGGAUCGAUGGUGGCCCGAUCGAUCCCUUCAGCAUGCUGCAGAACUUAGAGGAAAGCUCCGCGCCUAUCCAGGGCCCGAGUCACCCCCGGCCCGACCCACGUCCGCUCGGUAACGAGUUGUCUCUCAAAUCGGCGCAGCACGAGUGCGGCGACUCGUAUGCGCAGCGGCGGAAGGCGAUAGAGGCGAGCUCUGCGGCGUGGGUGUAUACGAAAUACGCGAUGCUAUUCUUCAUCGCGCUGCUUGUGACGUGGGUUCCCUCGACGGUCAACCGAGUAUACGCGCUCGCUCGCCCCGACGACUUCUCAGUCUAG